AUGCGAUUGUCGUUGUUUCUUCUCCUAUCCAUCGCUGUGGCUAUUCUGCCUGAGUUCAGGGUCUCCUACUACCAUGCCAACAUCCCCCAAGACAUUGCAAAGUCAUUUCUACAGUUGAAUAGUGAGAUAAAAGAAGAUGGGCAAUUCGAAUUGCUCAACAUAGACAGAACUCCAGCCAAGUCGGAGAAAUAUCUCUGCUUCCGACCUCUGAACAUCACACUACAGAAACUGGAUUCAGAUCUAGCCCAAGAGCAAGUCUCUUCUCCCACAUUGGACGAUCUCAAACUCAAGGCUGUUCAAACGGUUGCAGACUCUUUCAAACGAGAAGUGUGCACUUUCCAUUCCGGUUCCUACUGGAUUUAUGGCUACUGCUUUGGAGAUAAGAUUAUCCAGUUCCAUCCUGACAUGGAGCAUUUCCGUCUAACUGGAAAACACAAACCAACCGAGCCCGAUUACGUCUACACUUUGGGACGUUUUAAAGGUGGACCUAGAAACGAGAUCGUGAAGAUUGAAAACGAGGCACAAAAGCAUAAUAAUCAACUUGAUCCUGGCGACUUUUCAAUUCACGAUGAUUUAUCCACUCCUUUUAGUAAUUCUCUAGAACCUAAGAAGAAGUCGCCGUUGGUAAUUCUGCAUGUCAUUAGUGACGGUGAGAUUUGUGACUUGACGGGCCAACCGCGCUCAGUAGAGGUCGUCUACAAGUGCCAUGCUUCUAAUAGUGGCUUCGCUGCAAUUAUGGAAACAUCUGAGGUCAAGACUUGUCAGUAUCAGAUGACAAUAAACCUUCCUGAACUUUGCAACAUUGAAGGCUUUAAGCCAAUACGUAACGACGAGAAUGUUUUGGAAAUAGAAUGUAAACGUGUAGAUACUAAUAGUGUUGCAGGUAAAGAAUCUAAUCCAGUGGGUUCAGACAAGACUGUACAGCUUCUGGAUUUCUAUGAGUAUACUGACGAUUUACCUUUCAAUGAUAAGUUGUUUCCAGUCACAGCAAAUUACAAGAUCAACGUUCGUGACUAUAAGCUGAUACCCUGUGGUUCUGGUUUCUUUCUAGGAGUACCUACAAAGUUUGUUGACAGCAAAAAUAUGUACUGGAACAACCGUUACAUUAUGAUAUACAGUGGGAUGUUCAAUUCUGAGCAUGAUUUGCUAGAUAGAGUUUCUGCACUUUUCCGAUCCAGCCUUAAUACCAAGUUCCCGUCACCAGUAUUUAUAGAUCAACAUUCAGCUACUACUUUAAGAUGGGACGAUUCGUUCAUUGUGUGGUUUGAACUUUAUGACUUUUAUGGUGAUCUCAUCACUUUAAUCAGAUUGGAAAGAGAAGGAACCAGAAAGGAUGAUACAUUAUUUAUACUGUUGGUAAAUCCAGACACCAUGAAAGAUCAAGAUGGUGAUCUAGUAGAAAUAGUUUCUUUUGCUGCUCCAAAUCAUCAGUGGAAUUUUGAGCUGUUCAGAAGAUACACACAAGAAGAAAAGAAGAAGAUAGCGGCUGGAGAGCCAUUAGAUGAUCACAUACUCCAACAGGAAAACAAGUUGAUCAUUGUGACAGUGACAGAAACUGCUAAAGUUCCAGGUUCUACAGAGGUUGAUGAAAUAGUUUUUGGCGAAGAAAAGCCAAUAGGAGAGAUCAUAGAUGUUAAAAAGGUUAAUGACGUUGUUGUGGAUGAAAACGAAGUGAGAGAGUCAGCUGAAGGGGAGAAAGUGAAUACCGAAGUCGAACAUGACGAACUCUAG